AUAUAGUAAUAGAUUAAUUCUUAUAUAUCAGAUGUGAAAUGUUUCUCAUUAAUACCCUCCCUCACGCUCAGACAUCUAGGUCUGAAACAUGGACAAUGUGGGAAUAAUAUCCACAGAGGGCCCAACAUCGGUAUAGUAGUAGUAGUUGUAGUAAAUUAGGUCAAAGGAAAUUAUUGCUCUGAUACCAUGUUAGAUUCGGGUUUAUUAUAGGCUUUCAACUUAAAAUCAAUUGGCAAUUAGUGGAUUGGCCCUAACUCUUUAUAUAGUAAUAGAUUAAUUCUAAUAUAUCCGAUGUGAGAUGUUUCUCAUCAAUAGCUAGUAAUAAUUUGUGCAUACCCUAUGAUGAUAGCACGUAACUUGAAAUGAAACAGCGAGUAAAAAUCAUUUCAGUUGUAUUCCUACCAGAUUAAAUGUCAUGGUUUAUAGUAUUCUCAUUAUUGUUUCAGUUUUGACAAGUUCUCUUUUUUUUUUUUUUUUUUUUGUCAACUGUCUGGACAAGUUCAAACUACUUAUUUUAUAUAAAACAAACUAGAGAAUUAUUUACAAUAAAUGGUCUCAAAUACGGUUGUGGGCAGCUGCCUCUCAGACACAUGUGUUUGUGUUACAUGUCAUCAUUCAUGACCAGUAGGUGAAGCUAUAUGUUGUUUGUGGGAGGGGCAGCUACCCACCUUGAAUUUUUAAAACUAAUGUAAAAUGAAGUGGAAGACAAUGCUUGUUCGAAUCACAAUGACACGGAAAUUUCAGAUUUCCUAUUUAUGUUUAGUAAUAAUACAAAACUCACUCGAAAUUUUUGAGUAAUUUGCAAAACAUUUUGAUGUAAAGCUGAAGAGAUUUCAUAAGAAAACAAUAAUAUCCCUGGAAUACUGGAAAUAUGAAGGUGAAUGUGGAAAAAUUUAAAAGAAAUGACAAGUGAAUGUAUUAAAAUAAAUUUAUGAACUCUUUCUAAAACCGGUGGAUAUUGUUUCCUAAUUUAAGUAAAAUCUGAAAAAGGUAAAAGAAUCCCUCCUCCAAGAGAACGACUGGCAGGAAGAAGAGGAGUCCAUGCAGAGAAAGUACUAUCAAAUGGCAAAAAAGGUUUCUGUAGACCUUAUAAAUAAUCAAAAACAACCUAACACAAAGUUCUUGAUUUUUUUUUCUCUUUUCAAGAACACCACAUUUCUUGCUUCUUCUUUGACAGAGAUUUUGCAAUCAGACGACGAGGCUACUUACGAUUCCGAUGAUCAUUAUGAUUAUGCUAAUAUCCAUGUCCUAGCUUUGAUACAUCAUUUGAUUGUGUUUAUUUUCUUUCCCGUAUUGUUUUUUUUAAUUCAAUUUCCUCUGUUUUGGUCAAAUUUUCUGUUUUUCGAUAUGGGCUGUGCGAGCUCGAAGCACCGUAAACGUUGCCUACACUGCCGGCAAGGAUAUUCUCCGGUAGACAUGUCACCUAGACCCUCCGUGCAACACCCACCGCAACAUUCCGACGACAUGUUGGCUCUCAGUUCCUCCACCCUCGGAUCUCUCAAGCUCUGCUACUCCUCUUUCGGACAUAGCCGCAUACACUUGGCAGAUUUCACCGGUAACCUUGCCACCGACCAAUCCGGAGAGAACCGACAAGAAGAUGGGUUUGGUCAGAAAGAAGACAGAGAGAAGGAAAUGCAAGCUAAGCUUAUGGAAGCUAAAGUAUGGUCAAGUAUGAUGAACGACAAGAUCCCCAAGAUUGUCCCCAAAACUCCUAUCUUGACGCCUCCUGGAGAGCCAGAAACGAUCAACACGUGGGAGAUGAUGGACGGGCUUGAAGAUUCCGUUAGCCCUCUUCGGUCAACUAGUCACGUUAGGAGCUUCUCGUUUGAUGGUGGUUGUAAACGUCCCAAGGAGAAUGGUAAUGUGAUACUCUACUUCACAAGCCUUAGAGGUAUAAGGAAGACAUAUGAAGAUAGCUGUGAUGUCAGGGUUAUACUUAAAGGCAUUGGGGUUAGGGUGGAUGAGCGUGAUGUAUCGAUGCAUUCGAGUUUUAGAGACGAGCUCAAGGAGUUAUUACUAGAGGGCAAAUUCAAUAAUGACGUGGGGAUCACCUUACCUAGAGUUUUCUUGGGGAGGAAGUAUCUUGGGGGAGCAGAGGAGAUUCGAAAGUUGAAUGAAGAUGGGAAGCUCGAGAAGAUUCUAGAAGGCUGCGAGAGGGUUGAAGAGAAUAAAAAUGGUAAUGGGAAAGAGUGUGAGGCUUGUGGAGAUAUAAGGUUUGUGCCAUGUGAGACAUGUUCGGGGAGCUGCAAAGUGUACAAUGAAGAUGAUGAAAGUGAAAAGGAAGAUAGAGAUUAUGGUUUUCAAACGUGUCCUGAUUGUAAUGAGAAUGGACUCGUUAGAUGUCCUCUUUGUUGUGAUUAGCUUUUUGAACACACACACAUACAGAAAGAGAACCUUGCUCUUCGUUUUGUUUGUUUUAACUUAAGUUUGUGUGUUGAAUGUUUUAGGGUUUUCUUGCCUCUGGAGAUUUUAUUGUACAUAUAUAAAUAGGUUUUUGAUUGUGAUAAAGGGUUGUAAUUCAAAUGUAAACCGUUCCUAAACAUAAACAAG